UAGCGGCACUCAUGCGACGUUGCAUACAGCGCUUAAUAGUGCGUAGAGGGCGUUAAGAAUACCAAACACCGCCGCGGCGUGAAGUUUGUCAGCUGCGAGCCACCGUACAUGUAGAUUUCCCGUGGAGCCUCUCUCGCUGUCAGUCAGCUGUACGUGUCAGUAUAAGAUGGAAAGUGGGGACGCUCCUAAUCAGCGGCCAGUCACCUUGGACAUCACCGUGGAGGAUGUCAAAACGGACGCUCCAGUCAGCCCGGAGCCAACGUCCAUCCAGACCCCCUCCAGAGACAACGUCCUGCCCCAGGAGGACAGCAUCGACCUGGGUGGUGGAGAGUUUGCCACUCCCCAGGAGGUCAGCAUUGCCACGCCGUCAGAGAGCCUGAUGGACAAGCUCAACGAGCAGAUGAUGGAGAGCGUCAUGAUUUCUGAUUCGCCCAUCAACAGUGAGGAGAAUGAUGUGGCUCCCAUCGACUCUUUUCUGGAUGGAGAGGAGGAGGAGGAGGAGGAGGAGGAGGAGGAAAGGGAGAAUGCAGGAGAGAUCUCAGGAGACAAGGAGGAACUAAGUGAAACUGGACCGAAUAUAACUACUCUUCAAGUUUCAGUGGAGGAACAGGAGGGAGGGGCUUCUGCGGAGGAAGUAGAAGAGGACACAAAAGAGCAGACAGACUCACAAGAGGAUGUUGUGGCUUUUGUUUCAUCUCAGGUUGACACACAGGAUCCACAGAUUGACCUUCAAAGUGAGGAUCCAGCACCACUGGAAGCCAGAGGGAUGAGCCCAAAACACGAGCCUCUUCCAGUGUGCACCAUAUUCAGCCACGGCACCCAGCCCAAGUCUCUGGUGCCUGAUGGCUUCCAGCCCACCCUCAUCAAGUCCCCCAGCUUUAGCAUGGGGAGUGGUGGGGGAGGUGAUGAUGCUGUGACCCCCAGCAAGUUAACAGCCCCUCUUGUAUGCCAGCCCAGCCCCAGCCUCAGUAAGUUCUUCACCGACAAUGGACAGACCAAUCCAGCUUCGGACUUCUUUGAUUCAUUUACUGCUCCCUCCGACUUCAUCUCUGUUUCCAAUCCCAAUGCAGAGAUCCCUCCGGGCGCCAGCCCUGCACCCAUAGCCCCGACACCUGAGCGCCAGCUUUCUUCCACCUCCUCAUCCAUCUCCUCUGCUGGAGGGCCCUUGGACUCUGAUACUCCCACCCUUAUCACAGUGUUUGGCCCUGUCCCUACAGAAUCAACCACUAAGUCCCAACCUCCUACACCCCAAAUAGUCCCAGCUCCAACUGCUCCAACUGCCUCAGCCCCAGCCACUCAACCACAGCCCUUCAACCAGCUCCAAGCUGUAUUCUCAGGCAAUGAUGACCCGUUUGCGACAGCGCUGAGCCUGAGUGAGGUGGAUAGGCGCCAUGAUGGCUGGCUGCCAUCUGAAGAGACCAGGAAGGUGUUGAUCUCUGUGGCCACCCAGCAGUUCAGCCCAGCCUACGUGGAGACAAGCAAACUUACCAUGCCAGGACUCAAGUUUGACAACCUGCAGGGUGACGCUGUGAAAGACCUAAUGCUUCGUUUCCUGGGAGAACAGGCGGCCAUGAAGCGUCAAGUUCUCAACUCCAACUCCGUGGAGCAGUCGUUCACAGGCCUCAAACAGCUCAUCACUAGUAAGAACUGGCGGGCUGCGGUAGAUCUGACGGGCCGGCUGCUGACAGCUCAUGGUCAGGGAUACGGGAAGGCCGGCCAGCCAACCUCCCACACCACCGACUCACUGCAGCUCUGGUUUGUGCGGCUGGCUCUUCUCACCAAGCUGAACCUCUUCCAAAAUGCUGAGCUGGAGUUUGAACCCUUUGGCAACCUUGAUCAUCCAGACCUCUACUACGAGUACUAUCCCACUGUUUACCCUGGGAGGAGAGGCUCCAUGCUGCCGUUCUCCAUGCGGCUGUUGCACGCUGAGCUUCCCCAGUACCUGGCCAAGCCCCAGGAGGCUCUGGACCGCCUGCACACUCUCAAAACCGUCUGCCUUGCCAUUCUAGAGAACUUGGAGAAAGGCUUGGCUGAGGAUGGAACUAUGAUCACCUUAACACCGGAGAACAGGCAAGCAUCACUUAAACUGUGGCAGUCUCGCCUCAGCCGGGUCAUGUACUCCAUGGCCAACUGUCUGCUGCUGAUGAAGGACUAUGUUUUGGCUGUGGAGACCUAUAACUCCAUCAUCCAAUAUGAACCUCACCAGAGAGUGCAGCUGCUCAGUGGUAUAGGACGCAUCUUCUUGCAGAUCGGAGAUGUAAAAACAGCAGAGAGGCACUUCCAGGAUGUGGAGAGAGCCUGCCAGAUGAAAGGGAGCCAGUCCAGUCACAUCACAUGCAUGCUGAUGAACAGGGCCUUUGUCUACCUCAGUCAGAACAAUUACGGUGAAGCUCAUGCAUCCUUCACUGAAGUCUUAAAAAUUGACCCUAAAAACCCUGUGGCCAACAACAACGCGGCAGUGUGCCUGCUGUACCUGGGCCAUUUGAAGGAGUCCCUGGGCCAGCUCGAGGGUCUAGUGCAGCAGGACCCCGCGCUCUACCUCCACGAGAGCGUCCUCUUCAACCUGACCACCAUGUACGAGCUGGAGUCGUCCCGCAGCACCCAGAAGAAGCAGGCUCUGCUGGAGGCCGUGGCCUGUCGAGAGGGCGACAGCUUCAACACACAGUGCCUCAAACUGGUCUAAAGAGGCAGGAGGUGGGACUGGGGGAGGACACACACCCACACACUACUGCUACUGUAAACCCCCGAGAAUAGAAUCCACCUACCGGCUCCUCUGAAACUCCCCAUAUCCCUAGUUCGAAGUUGCUUGUUUAAUCCGUACUGAAGCAAACGUGUGGAACGUUGCCGUUUUAAAGGGGUUUGUGUUGUAGACUAUUACUUGACCAGGCCCAGUGAUUUCAAGAGACUCAGUGACGUCAAUGCAAGACAUGGGACGACCGAGGGACCGCUACGACCUGCAAGGUGAGUCAUAUGACCAGCAGGGGUCGCUGUUAACAAGGUUAUCAUCACUACCGAAUCUGCUUGAGUGCUUAUGGCAUGGCUGUUCAAGCCAUUGUCAUAAUAUUAUCUUUGAGACCAUGCUGGCUGUGGGUUCGACAAUGUUUUAUACAUUUUUAUGUCACACUGGAUGUAUUACAGCAGGAAUUCACAUUUCGUUUAAAAAUGACUCUUUUCGGACCACUACAUUCCACUGUUCCUUUUCAUAACCAGUUAUCAAUAAUCAGACGCCGUGAGCAGAGGUGGUGAUUCACUCACUACAUCACACAAACAUGACAGAAUUUGAGGGAAGAUUCUUGGGUAAUAGAACUGUAAUAGAGAAACGUUUUUAAAAACGUAUUAAUCAGAAUUUAUGUCCCUAUGAUUAUUCUUGAUGGGAAUAUAUUUUUGUGCAGGGUCGUCUUGCUACAAGUCUUAAGCGUCACUAAUGAGCCCUUUCAUAUAUGAAACCUCUGCACUGAUUACAGUCACAUCAGUACUGCUUUAUUUAGAUCGAAUUGAAAGAAUGAAGAUAAAUGGCACAUUUAUUAACAAGCGUUGCCACAUUUACACCCUUUGCUGUUGAGUUUCACAUUUUGGACUCUGGUAUGAAGUUCUUCUUUAUUGCUUAUACUAAAAGUGGAUCGGUUACCAAGGCUACGAAAAGCUGGCCAAUGACAUCCAUCGAGUGACUCCUACCUUACAGGUCAUGGGACGUGGCGGUCCCUGAGAAGAAAUGGUCCGGCACUUGACGUGGGCAUUAUCCUAAGCUUCAGUGUGCUUCAAGUUUAAUGUCCUCUGUUCAUCAACACACGCCUGUAAUACUGGACUAACUAACCACUCAGUUUGAGGUGCAUGUUUUUUUUUUACCGGGUUUAUUAACAGUGAAGAUGAACACGUCCUUCAGAUUUCAUUGUGCCCUGUUUUCUUUACUAAAUCAUCAUGUAAGAUAUUAGGAAUCCAAGAGUGUAAACGGAGUAGAGCGAUUUGUUUAAAUUAUUGUAUCAAAAUGUUGUCUUGUUAAAUCUUUUAUUGAUUUGUUCCGGUUGAUCUUUAAUUAUCAUUGUUUACAAAUUGUGUUUAUCAUAUUUAUGUAUAUUAAAAAAGGCAUUGUUACAUAUACACAAAGCACAUAUUCAUUUUGUGUGUGUGUUUUCAAAAGUCUAAGUAUAAAAGUGCUUGUUAUCUCAUCAA